AAAAUUUCAUUUAUUUCAUUAGAUUCCAAUGAGGGAGCCGAAUUUUCAAGCCAAUAAUGGCCAACGGAAGACACCUACUAUUGGUACUACAAUCACGCCAGUGGUGACAUGAUACCUUUUGCAUCAGGGUCUAUGGAGAAAGGAAAAUCUCUCUUGUCGUCAGGGUCUACAGAGAAUUUGAAUUCUCAAUCUUCUAUCAAAGAUAUUCAAAAGUCCACUUCAUUCUCUUCUAACGAAGAAAACGUCCCAUCAAAAUUCCUAAUCUGCAUGGACAUCGCGAAAAAGAUCUACAACCGAGUUGGUCGGAAAAUGUCUCUGUUCACCAGCAAGCUGAUGGAUUAUUUAUUCUCUGCGGCGUAUUUAAUGGAUCAUCGUUUGACUGAUAAUAUGAUGAAUAGUGAGAAGAAAGUAGCUGAUAAGGAACAAAUCAGCCAACUUAUAAAUUGCGUGACGAGUUUCUUUCCAGAGGAAAAAGAGAGCGCCAUGCGCGCAGUAAUCCGACAGAAAUUCAACAACGCCUGCAAGACGCAACAUCAGCUAAAAACAAAAAAAAUAACUUGA